AUGAUGAUGAAGACCAAGGAGGCCGAUGCCUCGACCGUGAACGGGGCCUCGACCGGCUUCAGUUGGGACAUCAACAGGUGUUCGGCUGGGGCUGCAGCGACAAGCGUCUGGUGGGACAUCAACAGGUGUCCGCUUCCCAAUGACGUUGAUGUUCGUCGGGUGAGUCCGUUUAUAAAACGGGCGUUGGAGAAAUUAGGCUACACUGGUGCUCUCACAACCACUGCCAUUGGCAUACUAACAGACGUUCCUCAUGACUUCCUCACACAAGUCUAUUCUUCUGGAAUCGCUAUUCACCACAUCCCUCUUGUUUCUGAAACAGAUAUCUUUGAACUUAGUUCGGCUGUCAUUUAUUGGACUUGGGACAAUCUACCUCCGUCUAAUAUAAUGCUCAUAUCAAAUGAGUUAAUCUUCUCGAGUCUUCUUGACAAGCUAUGUGGAUUCGGAUACAACGUCGUUCGGUCAAUAUUUCCAGAUGAUCCUCAGCAAGCCGCGUCCGCUUCCACUUCCCAGGGCCGUACUUAUUCUGGGAAAGCUUACUGGCAAGCUUACGGGCAGAUGCUAUGGGUUCGGAGGCACUAGAAGAGGACAAGUGUAGUGAAACGUGUGAAACUGCC